AUGGAUGUUGAAAAUGUGAAGAUCGUAGAUGGGCUGAUCUUCGGUUACCUUGGCCGGCAGCAGUACCACGAUACUUUGCGCGCUCUUUGCAAUGAAUCGCCAUCUUUGCGUAAUGGUGGUAAUCGUUUUCAAACCGGUGCUGAUGUCUACAUACAAGUUAAUGAUCAACUGCAUGAUAAGAAUCUUGAACAGAUAGUGCAAGCUUUUUCAAUGGUUGGGCGUUUCGAUGUUACUCCUGAGCUGAUUGACUUCGGCAUUCGACUACGUAAUCUUACUAACGAAUUCUCUACGAUGACAUCGAUGAGAGGACGGAGUUUGAGCGUAGCUCCUAACUCAAACGAUGUCGAAUAUGUUCGACAGUCGCAUGACAGUGCUAUUAACGCGGGUGUAGCGCAUGGUGCGCAACGGCAACCCAUUAGUCAUCAGGAUCUCAGCUAUGACUAUCAGUCACAGGUAAGUCUUGAAGUUUUGAAACAUUGGCUUGCCUGAAA